AUGUCGGGAGGGUCUCAAUUGACGCAGGGACUGGAGUCGCUGCGGAGCAAGUCCAAGGCGAUUCGCUACAAGCUCAACGAGCUCUACGCUCUUGACGACGAGCUGCAGGCAGCGCACCAGCAGGCCAAGCGUGACGACGACUUCGGCGAGGAAGUUGUGACGAAAUACAAGGCCUUCCUGUCCUGCCGCCAGCAGCUGGUCGCCGAGCUGGAGAAGCAGAAGAUGCAAGUGCCGUGGCAGCUCCGCAUGACCAUCGACGACCUCGAGCUCACGCUGAAGCAGCGCCGAGAGAAGAAGGAGGGCAAGACCAGCCAAACUGCAAAGGCCAAGGAGGAGAAGGAUGCGAAGAAGGAGAAGAAUAGCGUUUCUCCUUCCAAGCCAGGGCAAGAGCCAGCAGUGUCCCCAGCCCCACCUGCUCAGUCUGGCCGAGUCGCGGUGGCUUUUAUCGGCCCCACACUCGUCGCCCUCAUCACCGCCAUGCUGUGGUACCACUACAACGCCUAA